UCCUGCGCCGCGAAAUCCCACCUCUCGCCGAGGAUGAGCUUCCCACAGCACCGCCGCCUCCCUCCAAGACGGUCCUCUUCGUCCGACUCUCCGACAGCCCCGUCCUUCUCUCAGGAAAGCUUGGUACAUAUGUUCCGAUCCCCAACCCGUGCAACAUGUUCGGUUCCUCGCUGAUCGUUCGCGGGGCGAUUUCCGGCCAGGAAAUCACGUAGCCAGCAGGAACGAUGGACUGUGGCGCCGCUGCUUAUGCAGCGCUCCCUAUUCAGUUUCUUCUCCCAUAAAUCCUGCUCCAGCUCCACAGAAUUGACGAUUAUGCGUUCUAGCUGGGUGGUCUGCAACUCUGCAUCAAAUUGGGUUUCUGAAAUCGGGAUGGGGAGCAGGGAGAUGUGUUGGGAUAUAGAGGUGGCGCCCGAGAAUUCUCCGGGAGGUGCGGCGGAAACCGGAAGAGGAGGGGAUGUGCACGGCAACUCGAAAAGAUCUUCAUUUCCCCUCGGUGGUUGCCAAUCAGCAGGCGCGAAUAGAAAUACAAAUUUCACCUCCAUCACUAUCCACAUCUGCCUAUCUCCUUUGUUGCCUCAGGUGCUCCCUCUCCUAAGAAACUCACCAAGCUAAAUUCUGGGUCUCUAAUCUGCUUGCAUUGUGAAGAUGAACAAGUGUUUGAAUGUUUUUGGCAUUAACAAAUUUCAGAACAACAAACUGAUGAACUGGUACACUGUGGUAAUAUCUACAUUUUGCUACCCCUUGUACACUGCACGCCAUGGAUGCAUGUAUUCUUUCAGUGUGAGCUUGUAGGUAUAUGACAUGUUGUUGCUAUAAAUAUGUCUUGCGCCUUAAUUCUUGCAGAUUGAAUAGUAGAAGGUAGUCAAAGGCAAGAAUUGUGCAACCGACUCUUAUGCAUAAAAAUGUUAGCAUUAUAACUGGCUUCCAUUGCAACCUUGAUCAACAUGAAGUUCUUCCUUUACAACAUGUUGAUAGCAGGAGCCAAUUGAUUGCAAGACCAAGAGGAUUCUUAUUUGGAUGGAAGGGUCAUUUUGGUGACAUUGUAUGGUUAUGUAUCACAAUCAAGGGGAUUUGUAAACAUGUUUCGUUCAUAUGAA